AUCGACACAACACCAUUAACCCCGGGUCUCUAGGAUUAUCAAUCUAUUCCCCCGCUGUAUGCCCGUAUGCACGGGCAGCCACUGCGCUGAUUCGCCCGACGUCGACUAAUCCGAUUAAUCGUCAGGCCACCGGCCACCGAACCUCGGCAACUCCGCCCGCCCUGACAGCAGAGGUCCGCGGCUACCUGGGGUUACGGGGGGCUCUUUUUAAAUCACCUUUGUCCAGACGUUUGUUUCUGUCGCCUACUUUUAUUUUUAUAAUCCGCAUAUUUGCCUUGCGUGUACUCAUUAUACUUUUGGAAAGACUCCUCGUGUCAGUAUUUCAGCUAGAGACAUUCGACGAUCGCUCCUUCUCCAAUUUGAUAUCAGCCUCGUGACUUUACAUCUGAAAGAUGCCUUUCAACACAGCCCUGACCCGCAAGCUGGGUAUUCGCGUCCCCGUUGUGCAGGGUGGUAUGCAGUGGGUUGGAUACGCCGAGCUGGCCUCGGCUGUCAGCAACGCCGGUGGUCUGGGUUUGCUCACAGCCCUCACCCAACCCACCCCCGAGGACCUGCGCAAGGAGAUUCGACGAUGCCGCGAAAUGACCAAGUACCCCUUCGGUGUCAACCUGACCCUCCUCCCCGCCAUGGUUCCCCCCGACUACGGUGCCUACGCCCAGGUCAUCAUCGAUGAGGGUAUCAAGAUCGUCGAGACCGCCGGCAACAACCCUGGCCCGGUCAUCAAGCAGCUCAAGAAGGCCGGCAUUAUCAUCCUCCACAAGUGUACCACCAUCCGCCACGCCAAGUCCGCCGUGAAGCUGGGAGUCGAUUUCCUCUCCAUCGAUGGCUUUGAGUGCGCCGGUCACGUCGGCGAGCACGAUAUCACCAACUUCAUUCUCCUGAGCCGUGCCCGUCAAGACCUCGGCGUUCCUUUCAUUGCUUCCGGUGGCUUCGCUGAUGGCCACGGUCUGGCUGCUGCGCUGGCUCUCGGCGCCGAGGGUAUCAACAUGGGUACCCGCUUCAUGAGCACUGUCGAGGCUCCAAUCCACCAAAAUAUCAAGGAGACUAUCGUUAAGGCGCAGGAGACUGAUACCGCCCUUGUGCUGCGUCGGUGGAAGAACACUUCUCGCCUGUUCGCUAACAAGGUGACUCAGGACGCUCUCAAGAUUGAGAAGGAGAGCACCACUGGCGACUUUGCCGAGAUUGGACCCUAUGUGAGCGGCAAGCGGGGUCGUCAGGUCUUCCUGAACGGUGAUCCUGACUAUGGCGUCUGGACCGCUGGCCAGGUUAUUGGCCUGAUUCACGAUAUCCCGACCUGCGAGGUCCUGCUUCGUCGUAUUGAGAAGGAGGCUCUAGAGUCUAUGACCCGUACCCGGAGUCUGUACAGCGAUGCUCCGGCUGCUAAGCUGUAAUUUGGAAUGAUUGUUUGGCUAGUUCUUUUUUGUUUAUAUCUUCUUGUCAUUUGAAUCUGGAUUCAGUGAUGCAAUAGAGCAUGUGUAGGAAAUAUACCGCUAUACGAUAUGCUUGUUCCUUCCGUCA